AUGUCAAUUGAAGACCUUGGGGGCAGGCAAGUCCUGGCCUCGGUUAGGGAGACUAUCAAUGCGCCACAAAACGAAAUCUGGCCGUUUCUCUCAGCUAUCGGGGCGGAGAGAAUUUUGAUCCCUGGGUGUACCCAAUCAUCAGUACUUGAAGGUUAUGGGGAAGGCGCCUUGCGACGAGUCUAUUUUGGUGACAUCUUUUUCGACGAGCGGAUCUUGGAGUGUGAUCCAAAGACGUACAAGAUGAAGUAUGAAGUCCUUGAACCCAACUCGAGCCCCGGGAGGGGCGUCGUUGCAGCUGUACAGCUUCACUUCUCUGGACCGAAGGAGACAAUAGUGACAUGGGUAUCAGGUGCCGAAGUGGUCCCGCCGGAACAUGAAACCAGCCUCAAGGAACAGGCCGUGGGCUUCUGUCACGGUCAAAUUGCAUCUCUCCGACGACUAAGCCAAGCCACAACACCGCCAAUGUAA